AUGACGAAGAAGCAGAGUAAGGGUCGCCAAAGGGUUGAGAUGGUGAAAAUGAAAAACGAUAGCAAUCUCCAAGUAACCUUCUCGAAACGUCGGGCUGGGCUUUUCAAAAAGGCUAGUGAACUUUGCACUCUUUGCGGUGCUGAGAUUGCAAUCAUCGUCUUCUCACCUGGCCGCAAGGUAUUCUCCUUUGGCCAUCCUGAAGUUGAAGCUGUUAUGGAUCGUUACCUCAAUAUGCCCGACCCUCCGCAAACUUCAGGAACUAUGCAGCUCAUUGAGGCUCACCGUAAUGCUAAUAUCCGUGAGCUCAACAUGCAACUCACCCAGGUGGCCAACCGAUUAGAAGCUGCAAAAAAGCGUGGUGAAGAGCUUAACGAAAUGAGGAAAGCAAUCCAAAGCCAUUGCUGGUGGGCGUCCCCUUUCGAGGAACUUAGCCUGCCACAACUCCAGAAACUGAAAACUGUCAUGGAGGAGUUGAAAAAGAACGUGGCGAGCCAGGGCAACCAUCUUCUUAUGCAGAGGAUGAAUACCCAGCAGUUUCUCAUGGGGAGUUCUAGCUCAGGGGAGAUUCCUUACGAGCCAAAGGACAAUAUUGUAUUCGAUGCAAAUAUGAUGCCUGCGGGAUACAGUGCUCCCAACAUGAUGCCUGAGGGAUUCAGUGCUCCCAACAUGAUGCCUCCUCCUCCAGGAUUCAACCCCCAUCCUGAAGGAUACAAUUAUCUGAACCCUCUGGGAUACAAUCCUGGAUUCGGACGUGGGUUCUUCUGA